AUGACAACAACUGACACCGUAUACCCCACAAAACAAAGGUUCCGCAGACUCUUUGAACUGCGUUCUUCUAUCGGAGCUGUCGGGAAGCAGUGGCACGAGAUCGUCUAUGCCGCGUAUGAGCUGCAGUUUGACAAGAGUACGAUGUCAGAAUUAGAUGAAACCGCAAAAGAUGCUUCCCGGAAGCUGUGGCAAUGCAUCACGCUUCUUGGCCACCUUCGCGUGUCCUAUGAGACUAUCAUUGAAGGCGCUUGGCACUUUGCGAUCUUCAAAAAGGUAAACAUUGUAGCCAACGAUGCGGGUGUCCUCGAGGAAGUGGCUCAUCAAUUGUCCUAUUCCCUGCCAUCAAUUUCGGCGUAA